AUGCAUUUCUCUACCUGUGAUGCAGCAAUUGCUGUACUUGCAGUUCUCAUCUCCUCCACCCCAGUCCUAGCCCAAACCUUCACGAGUUGCAAUCCACUCACCUCUGGUAAUUGUCCACCAAAUUCCGCCCUCGGCCGAUCCGUCAACAUCGACCUCACAAAAGGCGCCUCUGACUCCUUCACCGAACAAGGCUCACCAUCCUACGGCUCUGAUGGCGCCGCCUUUACUGUUGCACAAUCCGGUGAUUCGCCCCAAAUAAAUUCAAAGUGGUACAUCAUGUUUGGACAUGUCGAAUUCGUCAUCAAGGCAGCACCAGGAGCUGGCAUAGUUAGCUCUGCCGUCUUACAAUCCGACUGCUUGGAUGAGAUUGAUUGGGAGUGGCUAGGUGGAGACAAUGGUCAGGUUCAAAGCAAUUAUUUUGGCAAGGGGAUGACAACCACAUACAAUCGAGGAGCAUAUCAUGCUGCGCCGGGGAACCAUGAUGGUUUCAAGACUUAUACCAUCGACUGGACAAGCGAGCAGAUUGUUUGGCAGAUCGACGGCGUUACUGUCCGGGCCAUGACACAAGCAAACGCCGCUGAAGGUCAAUAUCCUCAAACCCCCAUGAUGGUCAAGGUUGGAGCUUGGAGUGGCGGAGACCCAGCAAACGCGCCUGGCACCAUCGCAUGGGCUGGAGGACCAACAGACUACUCCGCCGGUCCUUACACCAUGUACCUCAGGUCAAUCGCAGUCACUGACUAUUCAACCGGGACCCAAUACACCUACUCCGGCUCGGCCGGUACAUGGCAAUCAAUUCAAUCGACCGGUGGCACCAUCAAUCCAAAAGGCGGCUCAAAUACACUAGCCGACACCGCCAACGCACCAGCCGUUACAUCCGCCGCAGCAAAUGCACCCAUUCCAUUCGAGGGCACACACCGUGAUGACAGCUCCACCUACGUGACACCGAGCGUGUGGCCAUGGGUUGGAUCAGCCACCGCUACACUACAAACUGCUUCAGAUUACCAGUCUUCACCCUUACAAUCUCCUUCCUCGCCGGGCUCACCCUCUUCUGGCCCUGAAGUCGUGACUCGAUGGAAUGAACAAGGUUUUCCGGUUUUGGUCACUAUAGGGCCCAACAAUAACCCAUCGAAUGCCCCUGCAUCAUACGAUUCAAGAGGAUUCUUGAUCACGGCCACCGCGCAGCCGAGUGCGACAGCUAGUGCGGGCGCGAUACAAGGAAGCUCGACGGGGUUUCUGUUCCCGUCUGCUGUGCCGCAGAAUGAUGGAGUCAGGAAGGGGACUGCUGUGCUAAGGGAUUUAGGCGUGGUGCUUGGGAUGGAAGUUUUCGGGGUGUUGGUGUUGGGUGUGAUUUGA